AUGCUGGUGUUCGAAGGGGUUUGUGCCUGUGGUGUCCCCAGGAGCAUCCGGACGCACUGCGCCGAGCCCUUCACCGCGUACUGGACGUGCAUCGACUACACCAACCAGCAGGAGCUGCGCCGCUGCCGCAAGCAGCAGGCGGCCUUCGACUCCUGCGUGCUGGACAAGCUGGGCUGGGUGAGGCCCGACCUGGGAGACCUCUCCAAGGUUACAAAGGUGAAGACAGACCGUCCUCUGCCUGAGAAUGCCUAUCACUCUAGACCCAGACCAGAGCCAAACCCACCCACUGAAGGGGAGCUGAAGCCCUCUCCCUUUGGUAGCAGGCUCUUUUUCUGGUCCUGGUGAAGCGGGCAGGCUGUGCAGUACUCAAGUGCAGAGAUGUGGCACUUGCACAUGUAAAUUGCGUGGUGUGUGCUGGAUAUUACUAAUAAUUAAAGAGCCCCAAACCAUUGCA